AUGAAAUCAUCACCAUCACCUAGACUGAAGACUCAAACUAUACCUCAAUCUAAUUCCUCACCCUUGAUACUCAAUUCACCUCCUUUGGAACCUACAGCUCAUUUCCCUUGCCAUUCGAAGCAGAAGCAAAAGCCAGCACAAGACGCAGAUGUACUCUCUCCUACUGCAGGUCCUAGCAACAUCAAUGGAACAGGAGCAGGUAAUGGAGGGGAUACAGCGAUAGCAAGUGGAAGUGGAAGUGGAAUGAAGAAAAGUAAAAUGACACCUUCAUCAAUAAAUCCCAAUCCAUCGAAUAUGAGUAUGAGUAUGAAUAUGAACAAAGGUCGUACGCAAGCUGAAGCGUAUGCUAAUGCUCACACGCAAACACAACCUCAUCUUCUAUCUCGCUUACAAAAGCAGUCGCAGUCGCAGUCCCAGUCACAAUCACAGAGUCAAGCUCAAGCUCAAGCUCAAGCUCAAUCAGCCCCAAAUACAACUAAUCAUGCGAAUGUCAAAGAGAAGAGUAGUAAACCGAUAUUUGAUUGGAUACAAAGAAAACUUGGAUCUAGAAGAGCGACGAUUUCAUUGACUGAAUCACUAUCACUAUCACUAUCAUCACCAUCAUCAUCAUCGCACCCUCAACCUCAAUCAUCAAGUAAUAAUAAUAGUAACAGCGGUAACAAUGGUAAAUCACCAAUAAACAUUAAUCACAGAAAUAAACUACCUUCUUUGCCUAACAAACCCAAAUCCAACGUACUGAAUCCAAAUCCAAAUCCAAAUUCGAAUCCGAACCCGAAUCCAGUUUUUAAUAAUCGUGGACCAGCGAAAUCACCUCCCGUAGCUGCAAUGGCAAGAGAUGGACAGUCAGAUAAGAUGACAAGACAAAGUUCAGAUAUAGACACGACCAAUGGAGAAUUUGAUGGUCAAUCGAUCCAAACUCGAUUUUCCAAUUUCAGUCAAUUGGGUACAAUAGAAAGAGAAAAUAGAGAUCAUCUGAAAAGACAGGCUAAUAACCCUUAUCCCUCAAUCCCAAUUCCAAGAUUAUAUCCCAAUAGGAAAUACCCAAAUAUCAUAAAUACCAGAAGAAAACCAAAUCACCACAAUAUAGAUCGUCAGCAUGGACACGCAGUUGGUGAUGGUUACAGCGAUGGACAUGAAGAUGUUGAUAAUGAUAAUGAUGAUGACAACGAUGAUGAUGAUGACAACGAUGAUGAUUAUACGACUAUAUCAAUGUCAAUGUCAAUGUCAUAUUUAUCAAGAUCAAGAUCGAAUUCAAUUGAUUCAUGUUCUUCUUCCACAAGAGCAAGAAUAACAAAGAGGAGAAAUAGAACAAGUCUGAGUUUAGAUAGUCAAUCUCGAUAUCAAUAUCAAUAUCAAUGUCAAUAUCAUACUCACACCCACAAUCAAUCUCUACAUCCUCAUUUAAACAGACAACAUUCUACCAUCAGUCGAUAUAAGAACAAACUAGGUGUAGGAUCAAUGAAUACCGCGACGACUGGAGGAGGAGGAGGAGGAGGAGCUGAUGAUGAUGCUUCUUUAAGACCUUUCCCACCUAGUCAUCCAGCUUCACCAACACCUUCAACUUCAGUUUUAUCGAGAACAGGGUCCAAUCCAAUCCCUCUUCAUACCCCAGCAACUAUAGGUGAUGACGCCAGAUCAAGGACCAACACGUUCUAUUCGACUUGGUCAGGACUUGGUGCAGGUUCAGGAUUAGGUCCAGGAGUAGGGAACGAUAGAAGAUCAUUGACAUCAAGUAGUAUGGACGGUUUAUACGGUUCAGCAUACCGAUACAGUUAUAGUCUUGAUAUACCCAGGACCAAUCAAGAUUCAUUCUUUGAUCAAGAUGAAGACGAGGAUAUCAGAAGUCGAGACGAGGAGAACAGUAGAGAACUUCAUGAUGAUGAUGAAAAUGAAGAAGAAGAAGAAGAAGAAGAAGAAAACAAUGGAAGAGGAAGACAGAGUCGACAAGAUUCAACUUCAACAAAGCCGACUACAUGUAUUUCUUUAGAUUCAACUCCUGCUUUAGGUCAUAUCGCUCAACCACCUAUUUCCCCUCCAACUCAACACCAAAUCCAUGCUUCCACUCAACCACAAACUCCCAUCGCAACUCAAAAUCCAUUAUUUGGUUUAGGAGUCAUGAUCAAUGCAUCACCCUCAUCCAACCCUACAUCAACUUCACCAAGAAGAUCCAUACCGUCUUUACCACGAAACAUCAACACAGCUACCGAAACAUCAAACACAACUCCCUCUUCACCAUUAAUCACUCCUUCCGAUUCCAUUCCAACACCCUCAACGCCCACUACACCAGUGUCGAACGCACCGUCACCAAUCAGAAAUGUAGAUCUUGUCCAAGCUCCCAAACAUACACCUCAUCAUCCUGUGUAUAAUCCAAGACCAUCAGAACCUCCAGAUGAUAAUGCUUCAAUGCUAACUUUGGCAAGUUCUACUUUUGGUUUACCGCCAAGACCAUCAUCUCAUCUAUCCAAUAGACAAUCUGUUCAUACACCUACACCGACGAUAGGUUCUAUACAAAUUAUACAAUCUCACUCUGAUCCAAACACACCUCAUCUGUCUCAGCCCCAACAUGAGAAUAGUAAAAUAUUACCUAAUCCACCUUCGAUUCAUAGACUUCGUGAUCAUCCAUCUUCUUCGCAUAUCAAUACCAAGCAAGGCCCUGGAUCAACUUCAAUCAUCUCACCACCUCCACCUUCGAUACAUUGGGCACCGACUCCUUUAGACAAUAACAAUAACAGUAGUAUCAACGAAAGACCUAUAUCCACUUAUGAAGGAUAUCAACCUUCGAUCCAUCUCUCAACUACAACUACCCAUGCAAAUUCCAUCAUGUCUUUCAAAGGUUGGAAUAGAUCUGAUGGAGACGCAAGUGUCAGAGCUGUAAGAAGGAAAGGUUCUUGGGAAAGUUAUGAGUCAGGUUGGUCAUGGAGAGGUCUAAAUGGAUAUAGGACUGGUACUGCACAUGGACAUGGAGAUGGCUGGGGCAAUUCUACUUCUAAUUCAAACUCGAACUCGAAUUCGAAUACAAGAAAUGUCGUCAGUCCCAAUGGUGAAAGUAAAUCGAUACCAGUUAGCUUGAAUGGAAGCUUCAAGGGUCAUAAUAAUAACAGGACUGAAAGUUGGUUUGGAAGAGGUAUGAAUGAUGAAGAUGAGAUUAAUGAUGAUCAAAGAAUUGUAGCGGAACGCGAAAGGGAAAGGGAAAGGGAAAGAAUGGGUGUAGCUGUAGUUGCGUGA